GAAGGUACAGUACAGCAGUCAUUAUUCAAAUUAACAGCAGAGCAAACACCUCUAAGCAGGUGAAGCCAAACCGAAGAGAAGAAAAUGGUGUCCAUGUGUCGGCAGAUUCUCGGCCUGUCUCUAGGUUUAAUUGGCUUCCUCGGAGCUAUCGUGAUUUGUGCCCUUCCUAUGUGGAAGGUGACGGCAUUCAUCGGGGCCAAUAUCGUGACCGCGCAGAUCAUCUGGGAGGGCUUGUGGAUGAACUGUGUGAUGCAGAGCACUGGACAGAUGCAGUGCAAGAUCUAUGACUCGCUCUUGGCCUUGCCCCAGGACCUACAGGCCGCUCGGGCGCUCUUGAUCAUCGCCAUCAUCGUCUGCUUCUUUGCAAUCAUCCUGGGAAUUGCCGGUGGGAAAUGCACCAACUUUGUGGAGAAGGAAGACACAAAGGCAAAGGUGGCGAUCGCCAGUGGUGUCAUCUUCAUUGUGGCAGGAGUGCUGGUCCUGGUCCCCGUCUGUUGGUCGGCUAACACCAUCAUCAGGGACUUCUACAAUUCCAUGCUCUCCGAUGCCCAGAGGAGGGAGAUGGGGGCUUCGCUUUACAUCGGCUGGGGUGCAGCUGCAUUGUUGAUCCUUGGAGGAGGUAUACUAUGUAGCUCCUGCCCACCCAAGGAAGACAACUACGGGGUCAAGUACUCUCAACCACGGUCCGUUGCCACCAGCAGAGCCUACGUCUAAAAGGACAUAUGCUGUGCAAAGACUAUUUAUAUGCAAAGACUCUUCAUUCGUAAAGCCUCUUUGUUCCCACCUCUGGCUUUUUCUCUGUUCCAUGGAGAAACACGAGAAGGACAGUGUCUGAUGGCAUAAGUUAUUUACUGAGAUUUUGUGCCGUGAUUAUACAGAGAUCUCUGGGAGGUUCAAAAUCGAUGUAUGUUUAUAAUGUGACGAGAGAAAUCAAAUUCAGGGAAGUGACAGGGAUCUGAAAUCACGACUAUAAUAUGAAAAAAGCAGUUGUUAUAAUUUAUGUUUGAUCUGACCAUAGCAAUGUUUCUGUAAUGGAAAAAUCUAAGAAAUGUAAAUGUGCGUAAAACACAAAUGGAUACAAUUUUAUACAAUGUUCAAUAUCAUACUUAUCAAGCUGUCUUUUUUAAUUUACAUAAAUUAGCAUUUUUGCACAGAAAUGUCUUGAUUUGUCUCACUAUUUGUUUAUGAAAAUAAAUAUUUAACUUUACCUUUCAUGAUAGAAGAUUAACAGUAUUGAGGAUUCACACAUUAAAGAAAAUAUUACAGAUCAUGCUCACCUCUGACAUGGACUUAACUGUUGAAAAUAUCAAUAGAGGUGCAUGGGGAAAAAUAUUUUCAUUGUGAGUAUUUUUGUCCUUUUUUCUGGAAAAAAUAUCUAAACUUCCUUAAAACACAAUCAGUUCCUUGGGAAACAGAAUGACAUAAGAUAUUAAGUAUUGCUUUCAGGGAAAUCUAACAAAAUUUGGUGGGGUUUAAGCUUGCAGCAAGAAAAAAAUAUUUGCCAACAAGGUAAGAAAAAUAAACUUGUUUGCCCUUUGAAUCAAGUUUUUUUUUCUUACCCUAUUUCUCUUUUUAUGGGCAUAAACGUUAUAAAAUUGUGUUGGAUAUCCUUAACUUUAUUGUCUUUCUCUAUUUCUCUAUCUUUUUGUUUAAAGAACGCGUAGUUUUACUUGAUAACAAGACAAAAAUCCUCAGUAACAAUAUGAUUUAUUUCAGUGUUUUUAUUUCAGCAAUUUUUCUGUGGCACCUUGUGAAAGAUUCAAUAAGCUUCAAUAAUAAAACAAAAAACUGUCAAGCAUGUUUAAUCUGUUUCCAUU